AUGGAACCCACUAAACAAACUCUCUUGAUCGGCGGCCUCGUCGUCGAUGUCUACUCCCACCCCACUUCGAGCUCCAGCUCCACAGACCCCAUCCACGCGCUCUUCUUCCUCCACGGCCGCUCCGAAAGUGCACAAGAAGCACAUUUAGUCGAUACUGUUAAAGUUAUUUUUGAUGGGAGUUAUGGCUCUGGAUCGGGUGUGAGUGGUGAGAGGAAGAAAGAUCUUAUCGUUGUUGCUUUUGAUCACAGGAACCAUGGGACAAGACUUGUGGACCAGAAGCGGAAUUUGGCAUGGAGCGAGGAUCCGGCUGAGAAUAAUGAUCAGCAUGCCGUUGACAUGUAUACCAUCCAAACUGGUACAGCAGAAGACGUGUCCUUCCUAAUCGACCACCUUUCUUCCUUCCUCUAUCCCUCGGGUGAUCGAACGAUUGUGGAAUGGGGUAUAGGUGGUACAAGUCUUGGAGGACAUUCGACAUGGAUUGCGCUUUCCCGAGAACCCCGCCUCACACUCGGAAUCCCCAUAAUCGGGUGCCCAGACUACACCAAACUCAUCUCCCAGCGCGCCCAAUCCUCACACAUCCCCUUCUCCCCACCUUACUUCCCCACCUCCUUCAAAACAUAUAUAGAAACGCAUGACCCUGCACAACUGCCAUAUCGCGCCAAGGACGCGUCCAAUCCGUUCCUUGGGAAGAAGGUUUUGGUGCUUUCGGGGAAGGAGGAUAGGCUUGUACCGUGGGUGGCGUCGGCAGAGUUCGUGGAGGGUCUUGAACUUGGGGAGGGGGGUGUUAAGAGGGUUGUGGUGGAGGAGGGGGCGGGGCAUGAGUGUACGGACGGGAUGCGGAAGGAGGCUGGGUUGUUUGUGAGGAAAUGGUUGAGUGGUGCGGGGUUAUGA